AUGAGUAAGAAUAAGGACGGCGACCCGACGUCACAGCAUAGACGGCUUCCAUCCUUCACAGAAUUAAUACAGUCAUUUGAUCCAUACCUGCGACAGGAGAAUGCAAGGCCUAAGACAUUGAGAUCAUCUUCUUCUUCAGAAAUACUUCCCACAAUAAUAACUCAACCAAUUUCCGGCGGUGAUUUGACUAGUCCAAAAGACUUAAAAAUAGAUGAAUCGGCCAUUGACAAACGUCGAACAUAUUCGUACGGGCACGGAGGUUUUAGAUAUGGUAGCUAUCGAUUUCCUACCAAAAAUGCUGAAGUCACAUCUCCAGGAGAUCACCCACGUCCUAUUCAUUCAAAAAGCUCAUCCUUACCAAAUAUUGCAUAUACUGAUGUAUCUGAAGAAUCUACUCGAAAAAAUGACGAAGAGAACCUAUUAUCGUCGUUGAGCAGAAUGUUGGAUUCUAGUGCUCAUAAUAAUGAAAUGCAAGCCAUUCGAAAUAACUAUCUCACAUUGGUUGAACAAGCACCAGACAGGACCAUCGAAGGUUCUAAAUUAUUGCAUGGCUAUGUUAAUAACUCAAAUCAUCCCAAAUUUACGACUCACGAAUCAUUUAAGCAGUUCAUACUAAAUACAUCACCGCAAAGCAUUGACAACCUAAUAGCCGAAUAUAACGAUAAUAUUGCAACGAUGACAGCGUUCAAAGCUAUGAUAUUACAAUAUAUCAAGGAAGAAGAAGUGGCUGCAAAUAAAGCACUAACAAAAAUGUCACCUCCAAAGCUGCAACCACUGUACUCGACGCAAUUGUCGCCUACCCGUAAACCAUCUACAGGCACUAAAAUAUCAAGCAAGAGACACAAAUCCAGUAUGGGCAACAUAGAUUCCAGCCACAAAACAGAAUCUACAGUUCUUGAUAUCGGUGGUAGUAUAGUUCCUCUAGAAAUUAAAAAACAAACCCUAUAUUCUGGUUCUUCAACCUCACCUCUUGAUCUUGGUGCUCUAAAUCCGGAUUUGAGCGUACGGCAGGAAAUACGCUGCAACCAUUGCGGUUCGAAAAAUACACCAGAAUGGCGAAAAGGCUUGGAUGGUAAUAGGACACUUUGCAACGCUUGUGGGUUGUUUUAUUCAAAGUUGACUAAGAAAUAUAAUGCAGAAGAGGCUGCACGGAUCAUGAAAGAAAGGAAAGAUACAGGUUCGGUAAAUAAUAGAAGAAUUAAAUAA